GAUGCACAAGACAUAUAAAAUAUAACAUAAUUCGAAUAAUAGUUUCUUCCUUCAUGAUAAUAAUAAUAAUAAGAGUAGUCUCUUCGUCGCCGUGGGGAUUGAAAAAUUAAAACACCUAUUCCAUGGGCUUCGCCACCGUCCUUUUCCGAUGCUCUGUUUUCCUCCUCCUUCUUGUUCAGCUCUUCUCGGCCGCUGCCGCCACCGGAGGGUCAUACUCGAGGGUGAAGUAUUUGCCGGGAUUCUCAGGACCUCUUCCCUUCGAACUAGAAACUGGGUAUGUGGGUGUGGGAGAUUCAGAUCAAUUUCAGAUAUUUCAUUAUUUUAUCAAAUCCGAUGCAAAUCCCAAAACGGAUCCUCUCAUUAUUUGGCUUACCGGAGGUCCCGGUUGCUCUGCCCUCUCUGGACUUGCCUUUGCAAUUGCUUGAUUGACUGUGAUUUGGAUGAUUUUAUUGAUGAUCUAUUUAAAGGUCCUAUAAGUUUUAAGGAAGAACCAUACAAUGAUAGCAUUCCUGAACUACUCUUAAACCCCUAUUCAUGGACGAAGAAAUCUAGCAUAAUAUUUGUAGAUUUGCCUGCGGGGACUGGAUUUUCAUAUGAUACAACUUCGUCCGCUUUUAAGCCAGGAGAUUUUAGUCAAAUUCACCACUAUCUUCAAUUUUUAAGAAAGUGGUUGGUUGAUCACCCAGAAUUUAUAACAAAUCCAUUUUAUGUUGGUGGAGAUUCAUAUUCUGGUAUGAUUGUUCCAGUUGUUGCUCAAAAAAUUGUAGGAGGAAAUACACUUGAAUUUCCAAUUAUAAAUUUUCAGGGAUACAUAUUGGGAAAUCCUUAUACUAUUCGUGGUUCCGGUGACAAUUUUGCAAUUCCUUUUGCCCAUAGGAUGACUCUCAUCUCGGAAGAAUUAUUUGAGUCAUUGAAAACUAGUUGUAAAGGGAAAUACGUGAACAUUGAUCCAACCAAUGUGGAGUGCUUAAAACAUUACAAGAUAUACAAAGAGUGUAUUUCGAAUGUCGAGCCAGCAUGUAUUUUAGAUCCAAAGUGUCCAUUUCAGUCUCCAAAGCAACAAGAUAUAUAUGAUCGAAGGUCUCUCAAUAGCAUUCCAAAUUUGUUGAUCAAUCAAAACUCAUCACUCUCUUUUCGUCGUUGCCCUGAAUAUAAAUACAAACUUUCUAAUGAUUGGGCUAACACGGAUCAAGUUUGGAAAGCACUUCACGUUCGUGAGGGAAGUAUUGAAGAAUGGAUAAGAUGUAAGAAUAGAAAAGAUUACACUUUUGAAAUCGAAAGCGUUUUUUCUUAUCACGUGAAGCUUAGUUCUAAAGGAUAUCGAUCUUUGAUCUAUAGUGGAGAUCAUGAUAUGUUGGUGCCGCAUUUGGACACUCAAACGUGGAUCAAAGCUUUAAAUUAUUCGAUUGUUGAUGAUUGGAGACCAUGGUUUAUCUUGGAUCAAGUGGCCGGGUAUACUAGGCAUUAUGCAAACAAUAUGACAUUUGCAACUAUAAAAGGUGGAGGGCACACAGCAGAAUACACAAGAAGAGAAUGCAGCAUAAUGUUUAGUAGAUGGAUAUCUGGAGAAUCCUUAUGAGUUGAAUUUACUUGUUCAAUUAUAAUCGAAUAACUUAUAUUAAAAUUUACAAUUAUCGGACUAGGCCAACAUACAUAUAUGUUCAUUAUCUUUUAAUAUCUAAAAUGAUAAUAUAUUUUGUAUGCAUCAUGAUUCAAAUAAAAAUAAGUCUAUAAAAACGACAAACUACCUCACACAAAUAUUAUA